AUGGAGAACCCCUACACGCAGCAACCGCCCUUCGACAACGGGUCGUCGACCGGCUACCCAGCACAGCAGUCGCAGUACGCCCCCGAAUCUCACAACCUGCCGCCCGUGCCGCAGCAGCAGCACUACACGGACCCUGGGGCGGAGGCCCAUGGGCCGGGCUGCGGCGGGUGUGGGCGUUGCGCGGGGUGCGGGACAUGGCUGGCGACGAGCGGGGCGGGCCAGCUGCUGGCCGACCUCACCGGCCACCUCUGCCGUUCGCGCCCCCUACGCCCGCUCCCCUCCGCGCUCUCCUUCCUUUCGGAGGAAGACGGACAAGAGCGCCCGAGCAAGGUCCCGAAGCAGCACCACGACUACCACCAGCAGCACGCAGGCCUUCCAGCGCCGACUGGCAGCGCGCCGGAGGUGCAGGCCAACCGCGUCAUCUUCGUUGAGCCGAUGGAGGGAGAGGGCGGCGAUGGCGCGUCGGCUGGUCUGGAGAGUGCACCGGACGCGGCGGAGAACUUGCACUUCGAGGGGUUCGAGACCGUCAACUUUGACACCAACGCCUUCGCCACCCCGGAGCCCGCUGGGCGGCGGCGACGCGCCAUUUUCGGUGAAUCGGUGGAGCCGGCGGGCCUGGAGGCCUCCAUCGCAUCCCUCCCGCGGCCCCACCCUAAGAGUGCGGAGACGCAGCAGGCCCUCGAGCAGGCGCUCAAGACCAACGUCAUGUUCUCCCACCUCGAGCGGGACGACCGAGCGGAGCUGUUCGACGCCAUGUUCGAGGUGCGCUAUGGCCCCGGCGACACCAUCAUCAACCAAGGUGAUGAGGGAGACAACUUCUAUGUGGUGGAGUCCGGCACGUGCGAAGUGUGGAAGUCCAUCGACGGGAACGAGCCCGAGCUCGUCCUCACCAUCGCCGAGGGCGGCAGCUUCGGCGAGCUCGCCCUCAUCUACGGCACACAGCGCGCCGCCAGCGUCAAGGCGAGGACGGCGGUGGUGCUGUGGGCCAUCCACCGCUCGACCUACCGGCGGGUGCUGAUGGGAGCCACCCUGCGGAAACGCUCCCUCUACGAGUCCUUCCUCAAGAACGUGCCCAUCCUCGCCCCGCUGGAGCGCUACGAGCGAUUGAUGGUGGCCGACGCCCUCGAGCCGGAAAUAUUCGAUGACGGCGCGUCUAUCAUCACCCAGGGCGAGGUGGGCGACGCCUUCUACAUCAUCGUCGAGGGCCAAGUGCGGGUCACGCAGGGCGAGGAGGAGGUGGCCCGGCUCGGGGCCUCAGCCUAUUUUGGACCCUUCAAUUCGAAUGACGCCGACAAUGGGCCGCCGCGUGCAGGGGAGAUCGCGCUCCUCACCAACCAGCCGCGCCGCGCCACCGUGGCGGCGGUGGGUGCGACUAAGUGUGCGAAGAUCUCGCGCAAGAAGUUCUUCCGGGUGAUGGGUCCGUGCCAGGACGUCCUCAAGCACAACAUGCUCCGCCUCUACCCUCAGUACGCCGGCCAGCUCUGA